AUGGAUAAGAAACAAGUCUCCCCGGAGCUCUCGCAAGCAGAACUUCUGCCAACCCAAGAAGAGCAAGUUCCAGCAAAUCCACCGUCACGAAAACGACAGAUCGACAGCGACAGCGACGCCGAACCUCUAACAAAACGAGCACGAUUGACGCAGAAGAACUUAGCCCUGUUUGACAAGAUAGGCAAGAAGAAGACCUCAGACCCCACAGACGACUCAAAGUCAACCCAAACCACGUCAACGACAUCGUCCGGCUUUGCCGAUAAGGCCCGGCACAAUAGGAUACUCCAUCCACUUCGCUCUCAACCCCCUAUAAACCUCGAUGACAUCCGUGAGCAACACGCUGCCGCCCGCGCUACCGCUUCCCCUCCGGAAUCGGUAUAUGGGGACUAUGUCAACCGAAUCGGAAAGGCAGGCAACAAAGCAACCAUGGUCGUUGAAAUGAGCGAUCUACUGAAGAGGUAUGACGACAAGGAGUACAACCGAGCCUUCAACCGGUCAUUCACGAACGUCCCGCUAAACGCUGGCUACAACAACGGCUUGUCAGCCCCACAGCCUGACUUUGUCGAAGGACUUGAGGUGGAGGAGUACCGCCCAUUCCCGAUCGACAAACACGUCCCUGGAGCGACCCUCUACCAAGACGACCCCUUCUCCCUGACGUUGCCACACGUGGCCGGAGAAUGGAAGGGUAGCGGAAAAGACAUGGACCAGGCGAGACUCCAGAGUGCCUACGACGGAGCAGCCAUGGUUUACGCAAGAACCCAAGCCCUUUCCUAUAUGGGAAAAUCGGAUCCCCCAGGACACGCAGCAAUCACGACGUUCACCACAGACGGCACCAAUCUCAUCAUGUACGCUCAUUACGCAAUCCCAUCAGAAGAAGAUGAAGACACACUCGAGUACCAUCAGUACCAGUACGCGUCGACGAACAUCAAGGAUUCCCACCAAGGACACAAAGACGGUCGAAAAGGUCUCAGGAACGCCCAAGACCACGCAAAGGACCAGUCGUACGCCCUGAAGGACCAGCUGAAAGAGCACUGGAAGCAACGCAGCACCUUUCACCCCAUUGCCGACGAAGAUCCCCUGCCCGUACCAGGUGAGGCUCUCGGAGCAACGAGCGCGGACGAAGAAGUAGUUCCUUACGAAGAACCGGCACCAUACGACGACGAAGCCGAUGAGGACGACUACGAGGUAGUGGAACCUUGCCAGCCAACGCCCGCCGCCUCUGCUGCAUCACGCAAGGCAUCACACUCGCAUUCUUCAUCGAAACGAAGCCACACCUCUGGCGAUGGAGACCGUAAACGGAAGGCCUCACCGCCGCCUCGUGCCCCACCGAAACCACGAAGAAGCAAGGCGAAACCUUACUGGGUCCUUGACGACGAAAGCGGAGAAUACUAUCACAAACACUCCGAUGGCACGACCUCAUGGUUCAACGGCGACGACGACAACGAGGAUUAA